AUGGAGAAGAAGAAGCUUAGAGGUGAGAAAAUAACUUCAACUCCUAGUGAGGCUAGGAAUCUUGAUGGGCCGGUUCCAUUUCCCUGUCGACUUGCGGAGAGGAAAUUGAAUGACAAGUUUGCAAAGUUCCUUAGUGUGAUGAAGAAUUUUCACAUCAACCUACCUUUCAUCGAAGUUGUCACACAAAUGCCUUCAUACUCCAAGUUCCUCAAGGAUAUUCUCACCAACAAGAGGAAGCUCAAUAAUGAGCUCAUCAAUCUCCCCCAUCAAGUGAGUGCACUUGUUCAACAUAAGAUGCCUAAGAAGCAAAAGGAUCCGGGAAGUUUCACUUUGCCGGUAAAGAUUGGGAACAUGGAAGUUAGGGGCGCCUUAGCCAAUCUUGGAGCAAGUGUUAGUUUGAUUCCUGUAUCCAUUGCCCAAAAUCUUGUUGAAAUGAUACCUACAAGGAAGACUAUCCAAUUGGCCGACCGUUCGGUGAAGUUACCUUGUGUGAUGGAUAUGGAAGAAGAUGUCGAUACUCCUUUGAUUUUGGGUCGUGAAGCUCUUAAGACUUUGGGGGCGGUGAUCAAUUGCAAGAACAACACCAUUACAUGUGAGGUUGCUGAUGAAAAGAUUGUGUUUGAGUUCUCUAAGUUGCUCAAGACCCCCAUGGUUGAAAAAUGCUAUAGGGCUGAUGUUGUGAAUGAGGAGUUAAAUUGCUUGGGAAGGGUUAUGAUGAAGCCUCAAGAUCCAAUGGUUGAAGCUCUUACAUGCAAGGAAGUAUCACUCUCAAGAAGCAAAGGAUUUUGUCAUCGCCAUGGAAGAAGACUAUGA